UACAAGCCUUUCCAAUCUUCCCCCUUUCUCUCUCUCUCUCUCUCUCUCGCCAAUCCAACCAAAGGUUUCCCUCAAAGCUCCUCUGUGUUCCUUGUACCUUCCCUUGUCGUGCCCAAACGAAAAAGCUCCGCCUUUGGUUCCUUCUUGGGCUUUGGUUGGAUCUCUUCCUCUCGGGUUUCAGCUUCCAUUACAGCCAUGAGUGCCGGCGGCCAGAUGAUCUCCGUUCACCCGGAAGAGCUCACAUUCGAACUUGAGUUGGAGAAGCCGUCUUACUGCAAUAUCAAGGUCGCCAACAACACCGAACACCAUGUCGCCUUCAAGGUGAAGACGACGUCUCCCACAAAGUAUUUUGUUCGGCCCAACGCGAGCGUGGUGCAGCCAUGGGAUUCAUGUACUGUAACAGUCAGCCAUCAAGCCCAAAAGGAGUACCCUCCUGACAUGCAAUGCAAGGAUAAAUUCCUCAUUCAGAGUGCCAAGGUGCCCCCCAGCAGUGAUAUGGAUGAGAUCCCUUCCGACACUUUCAAUAAAGACAGCGCUAAGGUGAUAGAAGAACUCAAACUCAGGGUUGUUUACACUUUUCCGUCGCAAUCUGGCCAUGCAAAUUCAGAAGAGGAAUCUGGUCUUGCUUCUUCAGCUUCCGGGAGACGAGGAUCUGAUAUGUUCAAGAACUCAAGCAUCGAGGAGAUCCAGACGUUACAACGUUUGAAGGAAGAAAGGGAUGCCAUUCUUCAACAAAAUCAUCAGUUUCAGAGGGAGUUGGACAUUCUGAAGAGGCGAAGAAACCGCAAAAGUGAUACUGGGUUUUCAUUAACGUUUGCCGCAUUUGCUGGUCUAGUGGGUAUAAUGGUUGGGUUCAUCUUAAACCUUAUAUUAUCGACACCACCAGCCACCGCCUAAUCUACAUUUGCAAACUUCAGUUGAUGUGGAUCUUCAACUCUUGCAAAGCAUGCUAUUUUUCUCAGCAUUUGUUUCAGAAAGUUGUUUGUGUUGGAAGUUUCUUCAGCCUCAAAUGGUCAAGGAUGUUUCUCAGCAUUUUCUUGUUUAGUUCAGCGGCUUGUCGGGGUGUGUAUUCUUUUGUUGUUUAACUUGUAACUAUGAAAAAGAGAAACUUUGGAGGGUGUGAACUGCUUCUUUCCAGAUUGUUUUGAUUGUACUUUUCCUCUUCAUGUAUCAGAUAAUGGAUUUGCUUAAGAAUUACUUGUCACAAUGAUAA